UAUUUUUUCAUUUUUAAUUAUUUUUUUUUUAAUUCUCGUUUCCCCUUUCCUCCUAUCAUCGCUCACUUUCCAGCAGAAUGCGACGGAACAAGACGAUCGUGUUGGGGAUAUUGCUGGUAGUAGCGUUCAUGGUCUUCUUGCGGCAGGCUCCGCAGGCAGAGCAGCCCGAGCACCACCGCGCAGGAACAUUCCGUGGCAUCAAUGGCGUCGGUGGCGCGGCUGCGGCUGGUGGACGAUCACAGCAGCGCCCGUGGGAGGCUCGUGCAGCCAAGGCGCGCAUGCAUCUCGACGACAACAUCAACGAUCAGCAACUGCCCCAGCCGAACAUGGCAGCGCGACAACGCGACACGCUUGGCGGCAGACCACAUGCUGCUGCGGCUGAUUCAAACGGCGGCCUCCAAAACCGCGCCGACAAUGCCGUCCCCGAGGUCGGCCGUGCCGAUGGCGGUGAAAACGCACUGAAGGGCAACGACGACACCAACAUGUUUGCGCAACUACGGCGCCAGCGACAGCAAGAGCAGCCAAACAAGCAGCACCGAGCCCCCAAACCGCAGCAGCUCGGUGGGGAGCAGCAAGCCAUGAUGGACCAGCAACGGCAGCAGCGCAAGCGUUCGCACGAGCAAGUCGUGCAUCAACAGCAGCGUCAUCUGCAGCAGCAGGAUCCAGCCAACCUGCCGGUGGUGUACGUCAAGCCGGCGGCUGAGCCGAUCAAUGUGCUCAUCAGUUCCGACUCGGCCACAAUGAUGGGAGUUCCCAGCCUGAUCAACUCCAUCCUGAAAAACACAAAGCAGCCCGACGUCGUGGUAUUCUACGUCAUGGUCGAUUCUGCCGCAGAGGAGCUUCGCCUCUACCGCUGGCUGAUGCUGGCGUUCGGGGAGAAGGUCAUGUCCCAAAUUGUGCUCAAAGUGUUCCCAGUGGAGUGGGUCACGAACAAGAUCAAGAUUCGCGGCCGCCGCAAAGACCUCGCCUCGCCCGCCAACUAUGCGCGUUACUAUGUCUUGGAUCUCUUCCCGGAAAUGACAGGACGCAUCGUGUAUCUCGACUCGGAUGUCAUCGUGCGAGGCGACAUUGCCGAGCUGUACAACCACCCCAUUCACGAAGGCCAUAUUGCCGUGUUUGUCCAAGACUGCGAGCGCAACCGCUUCAAGUCGUUUGUCAAUCUGCAACACCCCAAGGUGCAGGCGCUCAAGAUUGACCCGGACACGUGCAGCUUUAACGCGGGUGUGUACGUCGCCGACUUGCAGCGGUGGCGUGAGCAGAACAUUACCAAGGAGCUCGAGUACUGGAUGGAGCUCAACACGCGCGAGAACGUCUACGGUGGACAGGGAUCGGGCGGCGGUUCACAGCCACCGAUGCUCCUCGUCUUUUUGGGCCGACGAAGCAACCUCGACCCCCUCUGGCAUGUGCGUCACCUCGGCUGGCACGGGAGUGACAAGUACACCCAGGAGUUUGUCGAGUCAGCAAAGAUUCUGCACUGGAACGGCGCGGGCAAGCCGUGGUUGAAGACGGGCGGAGCCAACUUCCCCAACCUCUGGCGCCAAUACUGCAUCCCAGAGGCGAUUCUCGCACCAAACGCGUGUUCUCGGCAACUCACCGCCGACAACCCACUGGUGUAUCACUCGGACCAAGUGCUGGAUCCGUUUGACUGCGCCACUCUUCGCGAAGCUCGCGAGCAAGAGCUUGCCGCCGGUAUUGCGCUGAACUGUCGGUUUGAUUAGUUGGCUUUGGCAAGAACCGUGUUAAUGCAAAAUGUUGUCGUCUCCGUUCCCUCUAAUGUUGCUGUGUGAUAGUUCUCUUUUUGUUGUUUUUGUUCGGACCCUUUCGCUCUGUUGAUGAUGCUAGAUUUAAAUGAAACUUAAAUUCUCU